CCUCGGUCUUCGCCCUCCCUCUGGCCGCGGCCGCGGCCGCCGCCCUGGCGGCGCUGCUGGCGGCCGGACCCCGGCGCAGCGCCGCGGCCGACAGGGCGUGGCGGUCGGGCCCCGGCGGCGAGAACGGCGUGUUCGCGAGGCGUGCCAUGGCCGCGGGGGAAGUGGUGGAGACGUGCUACUGCCUGCCCCUGAGGCCCUCGGAGAUCCCUGGCAGCGCGCUCCCGCGCCUGCUCUUCGACCGGGGCCUCGGAGGCGACGCGCCGCUGCUGUUCCCCUUCGGCUGGGGCCUCCUGUACAACGACGCCUCCGAAGGCGGCCCCGGGGCGAACCUGGCCUGGCAGUACGAGGAGUCGGUGGACGCUGGCGGCGUGGCACGGCCGUACCUGCGGCUGGCGACCUCGCGCGCUGUCGAGGCGGGCGCGGAGCUCUGCGUGGCGCGCCGCUCCGCGCGCGGCGGCACGCGGGACGCGCUGGGUGGCGCCCUGGCGGCGCUGCUGGACUGCCCCGACCCGGCGCGUUCUGGCGGGCCGCCGCCGGCCACGGGGGCGCCGGCGUCGCCGCCGGCCCCGGAGUGCCUGGCGCCCCCGGAGGGGAUCGAGGUGCGCUCCUCCGCGCUGCAUGGCAACGGGGUCUUCGCGACGCGGCACUUCGGCGAGGGGGAGGUGAUCGAGAUGGUGCCGAACCUCUACAUGCCGGGUCGCCAGGAGCUCGGCAGGUGCUUCGAGGACUACCAGUACGCCAGCGGCGUCCCCAGGGUCUCCCGGAUCGCCCUGGGAUUCGGCAGCAUCUACAACCACUCGGACAGCCCCAACGUCCUGCACUGUGCCGCGACGGUGGCGGACGGGCCUCUGGCCCAGAGGUUCGCCACCCGCUACUACGCCGCGCGGGACAUCCGCGCUGGCGAGGAGCUCCUCAUCUCGUACGGCGCCGAUUGGUGGCCCUGGCGGACGGAGUGGUGGCGGAUCCGGGGCCUCAGAGAAGUCCGUGCAUUGCAACUGGCCUCCUUGUCCUUCCCCCUCAUCCGGUACCUGCUGUCCCAAAGCGUGGCUCCCACUCGCGAACGGGGCCAGAACCUGGCCAGGACAAAGAAAGGCCUUGCUCCCCAUCCAGAGGGCCCGCUCCAGGUGGCUCGAGGUUAUUUUUGGGGAUAUGCGUCAGCAAUUCGGUCUCGUGUGUCACGACGUGAGUCGUCUGUCAUCUCAACGUCCUUAGCGGCCUCUGCAGCCGACAUGGCGCAGAAGCUCUGGACGUCGCGGGAGUCCGAAGCUCCACGCUCCAUGCAAGCUCCAGAGGGCGGUGGGGACGCGAGGCAGGUGUGGUGAGAUUCCUGCACCCCAGGAUCGCCUUGCGGGGGCUGGCGGAGGUGACGCUCAGCCUGCUGGACGGGCCGUCCACUACGCGAGUAGCUCGGCCGCGCAGCGACGACUCUUUGGCCUCGCCCGCCCCGCGUGGGACCGCUUCCGCAGGGAAGGCGUGAAUAGUCUGCACGAUCCCGCGCAGGAUCUCAAUCCAGUGAUUACCGUCUUUUCAAUAUAUGGUGCCACAUCCUCGUCCCGAGUGAAAUGCUCAGGAGAGCCAGGAGAGCUGCAUAGCGCCUCCCGUCCCGUUUGUAUUUCAAGUAUGGCCGUUUUCGCAUUGGUGCACUGCGGGAGCCAUGCUGUUUUACAGCAGUUUGAAGCAGCGGGGUGUUUCCCAUUGGAUUCAUGGGGCUGGCCAGACAGCGCGACACUUGCCAAACAAAGGUUUGUGUGAACACUUCUAUGGUGGUGGGCAUGAUCUAAGUAGGUGUGCAG